AUGCAAAACAUUAUCUCCCAAGUCCCACCAAGCUUCACCAAAGUGUUUUACAUCCCAAAACACAAUGCAGAAGUCUCUAAUUUUGCAGUGUACGACAUUUCCGAACAAUACCGCGAUAAGAUUGGAAAGUUACCUAUGGGGUCCGAAGACUAUAAGGUCGAGCUGUGCAUUCUUCGAAAACCGAAUGGCGAACAUGUUGGAGAUAAUGCACGAUUCUUGGUAAAUGUCGGCAAUGACAACACCUCGAUGUCUGUCCGUGAAAGAACUCUGGGUCAAGAUCCUGCAGAGGCAGACGUGUCAUUUCCAACAUCAGAAAACAACGAAUAUUCUGUUCUCACGCACACCAGUACGAAGUCAGUUCGAGGCUCUGGGCACCUCAUAUUUCCAUUGUCUGAGAAGCAAAUGAAGAAGGAAAUCAUCCGAUAUCCAUACCUCGCCUUCACAGGCAGUAUAUUCGGCGACAAAGACGCCGAAAACAGUCAUUACGAGUGGCAGGUCCAUCCAGACGAGAAAGGAGCGCUCCGAUACGAAUUUGUUAGCCUCGGAGAGAAACACACCGACGAUCUUGAUAAUUCAGUAUUGGCCAUAUAUCACCACCACGGUUUUGAGAACGACCUACCUACAUCUCACAGUCAUGGCGUUCUAUUGCUGCCGCCGACUUCAACGUCAGAGUUCGACAUCACGGUUCUCGCCAGUCUUUUGGCUCUUCUCUCGGCCGUUCGACAACAACCGACGUUGAAGAAGAGAUCACGAAUCAGGUCCUUGAUAGGUUGCAUAUAG